GUGUGGCCUGUCUCGUGGCGGUCGUGGAGCAACUCUUGGCUUUUUAAAAUACAUCUUUUUGGCGGCUGCAGCUUCUUUUCCUCCCCCCCCCACAAGAUGGCGGCGACCGGGGCUGCUCUUCAAAGCGAGGCAGGCAGGAAGCCGCCUGGGAUCCUCCGCUGCAGCCCAGUUAAGGGGCGGCGGAGGAUGAGAGCUCAGUUGCUGAUGCUGUGGGGCGCCGCUGCCGCCUGGGCGUCUCUUGCCACCGUUUCGGCUUCUAUGGAGCCUCAUGCGGCGAUCCAAGUGCAAUCACUGAGCGGUUCAAACUGGAGCCUCCUGCUGCAAGGCCAGUGGAUGGUGGAAUUCUAUGCCCCUUGGUGUCCUGCCUGUCAGCAGAUGGAAUCGGCAUGGGAGGCUUUCGCAAAGGAUAGCAAAGCCCUUGAAAUCACUGUGGGCAAAGUAGAUGUCACUCAAGAACCUGGUGUAAGUGGCCGUUUCUUUGUCACUACGCUUCCCACUAUUUACCAUGCAAAGGAUGGAGUUUUUCGCAGAUACCGUGGCUCAAGAGCACUGGAAGACUUGGAAGGCUAUAUCCUGGAGAGAAAAUGGGAAGCUGUGGAACCUGUGGCAGGAUGGAAAUCGCCAUCGUCUGUAAUGAUGCAUGGAAUGGCAGGACUUUUCCACUUAUCUGGAUGGAUCAGGCAAAUCCACAACUACCUAGUAGGCACGCUUGGAAUUCAUGUUUGGGGUUCCUAUGCAGUCUUCAUAUUGGCCACUUUAUUGAUUGGCCUUAUCCUGGGUUUGCUACUGGUCUUGCUUGCAGACUGGAUUAGCCCACCCAAGUCCAAAGCAGAGGAAUCAGAAUCAAUGGAGCAAGGUGGUGAUACAGUAGAAGAGCAACAGGAGAUGUUGGAAGAUAGAGCAAGAGAACCAGUUCCAGAAAAGUGUGUGUCUGAUGGAGAAGAUGAGGAAGACGGUGGAGAUGAGUCUCAGGACAACUCCUCAGAUGACUCUGCAGUUGAAGGAUCUGCAACAGAAGAGGACUCGGAGCAGCAUGCAUCUGACCAAGUGAAACAAAGCUCUGUAAGGCAGCGUAAAAGUCAGGCGGCAGAUGAUGGACUGUAGUGCGAUUUACGUACUGAGAUUAUCUGGACCAAAGAAGCAUCAGGGAGCCUCCUUGACUGCAGCUGAAGCCAAACACUUGACCUGUAAACUGUUUUAAAGUAAACCCAUGCUUUGCACCAGUAGGCUACUAUUUGGUUUUAGGGCCAGUAUUUCCUUAAGUUGGUUCUGGAAGAGAGAUUUUUUAAAUGUUGAAUUGAUAGCCAUGACAAUCAAAUGUGUAACUGCAUUUUAUACUGGGGGUGUGGUGGAGGUGAUUGAAAGGUUUUACUUUUUGAGGGUUACCAUAAGCAAGGAGAUGUGUGCGUUGUACACAUGCCAGUGUUUGGUGUUCCACUAUUGACAAAUCUUGGUUGAAUGUUUGUAAGCUAGGCCAGUAUAGAAUUGGAAGUGCCCUCAUAGAAAUCCAUAGGUUGCUCAGCAGACAUAAGGCAGCUUCAGAGCUUAGCAAUUAAGAUUACAGUUGGUAUAUGUGCAUGUACACGUAUUUUACCAUUAUAUUUGUAGUGGCUAAGUGCAUCGGUUGCAUGUGCACACCUCAGAUGUGUUCAUUUGUAAGCAAGCCAACCGCAUGUAGCACAGGGCAGGUUUGUGGCCUGUGAUGUCUGGUGCAGUCCCAGGACAGCUUGAAGACAAUAAGCUACAAAUGUCCACUGAGGUAUACUUAAAUUUAUGAAGUAGUUGACAAACAUGCACAUCUGAUCCUUGCUGCAGUAAUGUACAGCAGAGUUUCCAUGUCGAUUUCUUAUUGGAAUUUAACCAUGCAGAAGGCUGUUUGAGAUUAGUCCAGACAGCUUUAAUCAUGUUAAGAUGUCUAGCAUGCAUUCCAGUUCAAGGUGGACCACUGCAGAAUUGGAAAAUGCAAUGCAUUGUGUGUAUUGCUUAAAAAAAGAAAAAUUGCUGAUACUUGAAACUUGGUAGAUCACUUCUAUUCUUUAUGACCAAAAUACUUGUUGGAUCUCGGAGGGUUCUAAAGGGCUGUUGCAACUGUUUAAGCACGAUGUUAUCUGGAAAUCUUAAUGGUGCUGGUAACUUGUGUAAGCGAUAGCUAUUUGUGUUGAAAUGGUUAAAAAUGUUUACUAAUUGGUUCAUAUGUUGCAUGUAUUGAUAUAGUACUGCUGUAUCAAUAUAGCUUGAUCAUAACAGUAGUUGUUGGCACCCCAUGUAAAUGCUGUCCUCAGUGCAUUCGUUAAUGAAGCUUUAAGGGUAAAAUGAAGUCAAAGCAAUUAACCUCUCCAUAUAUUGAAUGGCAGCAUAACAGGAUAGCUAGGAGUACAAGGUGGCAUCUAACACAAGAGUCAAUGUCAAUUUCUUAAACUUAGUCCUGAAUUUCCACAGUAAGAGGUGGUUCCACUGAACAAAUGAGGCUGGAAGGCAAGUCCUCUUAAUAGUGGAAUGGCAUGACUGCAAGUUUUUUGCACAGUGCCACAAAGCUGCUCCUCUGACUUUUAGCUGUUGAGGACAUUAAAAGUAAGUCCUUAAUCUAUGCUCUUUGUAUUAAACUGUUGUGAUUUAGCAUAGAAUUUUGUGUCUACAGUAUUGACAAGUACAGAGCUACAGUAUUUGCUUUGUGCAAGAAUACUUCCAGAAUACUUCCAGUAAGUUGAAGUGAAACUCCUGCUUGCAUGAUGCUGUUGAUCUCAAUCUGAGUCAGUUAUAGGGCAAGUAGACUCAAGUAUGGAGGAUGGAUUUUUAACCUAUUCAAAAAUUCUUCCAGGUAAACCUUGCCAUCCGUGGAUCCGAUACCUGCAGCUUCGCAUAUCUGCGGAUGGGUAAUUGACACCUGACCUUGGCAUAAGCUGAUGGCAGGGAGAGUUUACAAAGGGUUAAUUUCACAUAUCCGCUGGUUUGGGGUGGCCGGAAAUCACCUCCACUGUCAUUUCCGGCUACCAUUUUGAGGAGAGGAACCAUUUUGUGGCUCAUUUGCGUUGUUUUUUUUUAACGACUUCUCACAAAAAACCCCAACUGAUUUGGGACCGGGGGGGGGGGGGGGGCGGGCGGCAUUGCUAGAUGCCUGGAGAGCACGACAGGGCACUUCUGCUGUUUGUUUGGACCAUUUCUGCCAUUUUUGGAGUGUCUAGGAACCUAACCCCCUGUGUCCCAUUGACUCAGCGACUCAGUAUCUGUGGUUCCAUUAUCUGUGGUUGUAGUGGAGAAUAGAACCUCCGCGGAUACCAGGAUUUGCCUGUUCUUGAGUUCAUGCUACUUGAAAAUCUUAACAAAGCACCACAGUUAAAGCAAUACAUAAUGGAGAGUUCUAUAUUUCAAGUCUUGUAAAUGCAUUCAUUAUGAAUUUAAAUGAAGCACUACGUGCACUUUUCACACCACUAAAAGUGCCCAGGCAAUAACACUGACACUCCUCGAUAGCUUUAGAGAACAACCUUGACAAAACACUGCAGUGUGACCAACCUUAUUUCUCAGCUGCAGAAAGAAGAUUUGGGUACUGCAGAUGGGUAUCCAUCUUCCUGUGAAGCAAAGAUAGAAUAUAGAUCAUUGGCUGCUAUCACUCUAUUAUAGAAGGAGUCUGCUUUAAUUGCCAUCUUAACUGACUAAAUGUUGUAGUACAAAAUGUUGUUUAAUUCAAUAUGACUUGGUUCCAAAGAGCUAGUCCAGCAUUAAGCUCCCAUUUCCACCCCCAGACAUGACAUCUUCAGCACUGUAUAUUUGUUAUGGUGAUCUUUAUAUUUGUUGCAGUAUUGAACUUGUAGCACUGGCCUGGUAAACCUUCUGUUAUAGCAACAGAAAACUCAUUCCAUCAACUUCAUGAAACAGUUGGCUAGCAAUAGUUUGCAGUCACAAUAAAGAUGUGGGGUGUUAGUACUGCUUAAGUUGAUUAAGGCAAAGAUUACACUUUGGUAUCCCAAAUUUAGUAUUGGGGUAGCAGGUUCCAAUACACCAAAAAUGGGUGAAGGGGUGUUCUUGAAAUGAUCACCUUAUCUAUGUAUAAAUGCACUGUGGUCCACAUAGUUGCUUUAAGGGUUUCGCUUGCAUGGAUGCCUCGCUUCAUAAAGGUGCCAAGUUUUCAAAAGGUGGAGAGUAACUCAAGUACACACUGAUCACUGAAAGACUUGGGUAAGCCAACUUAUCUGCUCAAACUCUGUAAUUGCUUUGAAACAAACUGCUCUGGAAAAAAAAUCAAUAUUAUUUGUGCUUCUGUUUAGUGUUAACAGUUAUAUGACAAGAUUUAUAAGUGAAAUAUGCAAAACAAUUUAUACUAAAAAUGCCACUAAUGUCUAUUUCCUUGUUAACUAUAAAACUUUAUUUAUUACA